AGUCUAGCUAGCCUGGCCCCUCCCACCUUGGUGGACGCAUUACAUACUGCUGGUGCUCCUGCUCUUAGCAACCGUGCCUCAGCAACAGCGUGCCGUGUCUCCCCAAUGGAGCUGCCGUUGGGCGGACCAGCGCUCAGGCACUACACCCAGAGCAGACCGAGACCUCACCGACAAAAACUGAACUAUCGUCCCAGCAGACCGCAGGAGACCAUAAUUGAGAGUGACAAUGAAGUCCUUGAGCUCAUGGGGAGGGUGGAUGAAGGAGUUGAAGAGUUCUUUACUAAGAGAGUACUUCCUACAGAUGCACUAAAAAAGCAAGAUGAGGAAUCUAUCACGGUUCACGAAGUGGCUCCUGCGAGCUCUGUCCCUUGUCCACCCCCGACGAAAACACUCAGGAGGAAGCUUGGCGAUUUCUUUACACUCAAAAAGAGGCGAGGUCUGAAAUCAGAAACAAGCCACGAGGGGCGUCCCAAAAAGGCUUCCAUCGCUGAUCUCAUCCGCCCGCUCAGGGAGGUCGCCAGAGCCGAGAAAGAAAAAGAUAAGGACAGAGUGAAGGAACACGACAAGGAAAAUGAAAAGGAGAAAGGGAAAGAGCAUCCCAACGCUGCUGGAGAGUCAGCUGUUCAGGAGACACCUGUUUCUGGUGCUCCGCCGCUGAGGGCUGAAGGGGUGCCUCCCCGCCGAGCUCUCAGAGAGGGGAAGUCCCAGUCUCUCAUUUUGCUCUCUGGAUCAGCAGCAGCGGGGACCACUAAUGCCAGAAACACUACAAAGAAACAAUUCGAAGGCCAACAUAGCUUUGAACAGAAACUCCAUCUCAUGCUUCAACGUAUUGGAGUUUCCAAAGCCCAACCAGGAGAGACACAGAAUCAGGAGGGAGAGAUGAAAAAAGCAGAAUCUGAAGGAACAAUCAUUGACAGUAAACCUGAGCCACCACCUACUUUCACAAAACCUCGAACAAUGUCGGCGUCGUCAGAUACAAGGCAUCAGAUUCGCCCAAGUGUGUCAGCACAUGAGUCAGCUGGGAAACCUGCUCUGCUUCCAAAGCCAGUUAUCAAGCCGGUUCCAACAUCCGGCCGCAACACUCCUGAGAACGAGCUAGCUCAAAUACAGGAAGGGGAGACAAACACGCCCACUAAACUGAGUCCAACUGCAGCUCCGUCUACCCCUGCUGCUCCUGCCCUCACUGCUACCACCACUCCUACUGUACUGACAAUCUCAAACUCAGUCCCUGACUCAACCAAUUUUACAAUUUCCCCUUCAAGUACUGUACCGUCCUCUGACACCGAUAUAUGCACUGACUCUGUUAACCCUACUGCAGCAGCUACAACACCCACAAAUGUUACAGAGCCCGACAACAAACCCUCCAUCCCUGAAGCCACUACCACUGAACUACCCACCGCCACAUUUCUGACAACCCAUACAAGCUCCACUACACCCACAGAGCCCCCCGCCACUGUCUCAGUUACUUCCACUUCCUCUGAGUCCAUUACUCCAAGCCUCUCUGUCACUUCCAACUCAGCAACAAUAACUGCGCCUUCCAUUACCACCUCGGAAACUGUUUCUGCUCCUAGCAACAAAAGCCCAGUUUCCACAGCAUCAACACAUCUGUCAACUGAAUCGGCUUUCCCAGAGCCAGAUGGUAUUCUCUCAUUUGCUGCUGCUGCUCCUGAUGCAGCUAUUUCUGUCAUCACUACAUCUUCUUCUUCUUCUUCUUCACCCUCCACCAGCACAUCAGAUAUGCCAUCCGGCUUGUCUACUACCACCAAGUCAGUUCCUGAAGCUGGUGAUGAGUCUACUUCAGUCACCUCCGCUUGCUCUGUAACUUUAGUUCCAUCAGUCACUAAAACAACAUCCCCACCUCUGAACUCAAGUGAUACCAUUACAACUCCAGUUACGCCUGACGGACCCAUUAUCACUUCAUCCUCCUCUGCCCUUCCUCCCACCAGCUCCAUCUCUUCCACCACCACCACCACUACAAGCCCAACAUCCACCGACUGCAUGAACUCUGUGACUCCUUCCACCAUUACUCACCCAGGCACUUCUAGCCCCGCAGAUAACUCUGCUCCCUCCACUUCUUCCAGUGAAACAAACCCUACAGACACCACCACCACCACUACCAGUUUAAACCGUGCAGACACCACGUCCACCACCAGUUCAACAGCCGCAACUGCAAUUAGCUCCCCACUCCCGACUGACUCAGACCCACCUUACACUAAUGUCAGUACUGCCCUCACACCGACUAUCUCUGACAUCCCCACUACUGAUAACUCAAGUGCUACAUGUCACCAUUCGACCAGUUCAGCCCCCUCUAAUGAUAGUCCAGGCCAAGAUAACGAUUUACAGACAUCUCCUGAAGAAAGAUCCAGUGUAGAACCUACAGAGAAGAGCACAGCAGAUGGGGAGCUUGAGAUGGUUAAAAAGAGCAACCAAACUGAGAUGGAUGAGAGCCAGAAAGUCAUGGACGGUGGGAAGGAGAGCGAGAGCAAAAAUGAGAAACCGGCUCCGGUCAACAGCGAUGUGAUAAAGGAACAAGCGCAGGAACAAAGUAUGAAACCUGAAGAAGACACAGUGAAAACAGAAGUGGGAAUGGCUGAACCUACAUCAGGGAAAGAUGGUGCGCUGCAUAGCGAGGGCGAUGAGGAGGUGGUAGGAGAUCAAAAACAAGACGAAACCAAGUCAGUGAGUGAGAAGUAAAUCAGAAAUAAAGAAAUUGCUAAAUAUGGGACCAACUACUGUGACAGGGGCAGGAGAGACCACAG